AUGAAUUCAUUACAAAAAAUCAUCAUAAUAUUAUUUCUAAUAUCCAUUCUGAUUUUAUGUUUGCCCAUUCAUCAAUCCAAAGCAGAAUUUGUCUACACUGAAUCUGAUCCAGAAUUAGAAGUGGUUAAACUCGAAACUUACAAGGACAAGUCUAUUAUAAUCCGUGUCGUCAAACAGCUUGAAACUGGUUGUCGGGAGCCAGCAUUAAGGUUGAGGAUUAUAUAUGAAAAUGGCACAGUAACACCAUUAUAUAUCAGUCAACAAGAAUUAGAUAUACCCGAGUGGAAUUUCUGCAGGGUUGAAAUGGGAUAUCACAGGAUUAAAGGGAGCUAUGCUUUAAGACUAUACAGCUGGAUUCCUAAUUAUCUAAUAAUUACUUAUAUGAACGGAACAAGUUAUACCGAUCAAGAAAAUAUGUCUGUUUUUGUCAAGUUGAUUACUUGGUCGGGAGAAGUCAUAGGUGAUCAAUAUGUUGGGCCAGCUUACAUUGUCAAUGGAAUAAUUCAAUACCCUAUUGAAACACAUUUCGAUCGAGUACAACCAGAAAGAGGAUUUUUCUAUGCAGACUUCUUAAGUGGAACAAACUUUAUAUAUUGGGUACACUUUAGCGCGCCAAAUGAAUACGGGAUCAUUACCCGUCUUAAAGCUGGUACCAUUGAAUUAGAAAAUAUGUUAUAUGGAAGUUUCUUCUACACUAUUCCCACAUUAGGCGGUGGAGAUUUUGGAAUUGUUGUUGUAAAUUCCACAAUAUCCUAUGAUAUUCCCGUCGAUGGCAACCUUGACCCGUUACAUAAGCAAUUACAAACAUAUGCGAUCUUUAUCUCUCAAAACACUUAUGAACAACGUGGUCCCUAUUUACUGCAUAAUUUUGGAGCUACUCCGGCUUUAUCACUAAGAGAACUUGCUUGUGGAAUUGAUUAUUAUGAGUUGAAUUAUAAUUGCUUCCUAGUGGUGAGGACUAAUCUCACCGAAAGGAGCCAUUUUCUUACGAAAAUCACGUUCACGGUUGACGGUUCAAAAACCGUUGACCAAACUUACGAAAAUAAUGAGAUAAACUCGCUUAACGUACACGAAAUAUAUAUGGAGAGUUUGCAUUAUGGAGGAUAUCUUUUAAUUCUUCAUCGAUACAAUGAGCUCAAUGAAACAUUUGAGGACUUGUAUGGUUACAUGUUUGAUAGGGAAGCUAAAUUACGUGGACCUUGGCCAUUUGGUAAUCCAUUAGCAAAACCAGCUCUAGGAAGGCGCUAUGGAAUAUUAAAAAAUAAUACCCUUACUGCUAUAAAUCAAAAACCAAGUGAUCCAAUUUGGUCAAUAGAAUCAAAAUCUUUAACUAAUUUCAUUGAAUUUGUAUCGUAUAAAAAUCCGAACAUUAUUUCCACCGAUCCUCUAAAUAAUGAUCCUAAAAUUCCUCUAAGAAAAGCAAGCAUUACGAUUUUUUUCAAAAACGAGAUCGCUUUAUCGAAUGGAAACAUUACGAUCUUUCAAUAUCAGGGUUCAGAAAAGGUUUUGAAACAAAGCCAUUCUGGAUUACAUCCAAAUUGCAUCCUUGGAGAUGACCAUAAAUCGGUCACAAUCAAAAUGCUUGAUUCGAAUUUCAAUAUACCAAACGGAACGUAUACGGUGGAACUUUCUCACGAAUUUUUUGUGGAUAAGCUAACUCGGCUAGCACCUUUAGGUCUACAAGCAGGAGAUUGGAAUUUCACUACUGAAUUUAAGUUGGAUGAGUACAGGGAUUCCGUUGAUGUCGUUCUUGGACUAACAGAAGACGCUUCUACUUAUUUCAAGAAUUUAACGCUGGAGGAUAAAGCCUCAUUUUUAAAUCAAAUGUCAAUAGAUUUAACAAAAACAAUUCCGACAGAACCAACGCGGUUCAUUCCCAUUCAAGAAACUCAAAAUCAUGAUAACGCCAAUAAACUUCUUAUUUCCAUCAAGAUUCGACAGCGAGAUGAUCCAUUUAAAUUAAAUGGAAUGAUGAUUAUCAGGGAUUUAAAUACUCUGAUUAAAAAUAAAGAGAUAACGGGUAUAUCCCGUUUUGAAUCAACAAACAUGCUCGAUGAAGAAUUCGGAAGCGUUAUUAGAAAAUCUGUUUCUGGAAAUUAUAAAGUUGAAGUCAGUCUUCUUGCAGCCUUCUUUGGAAUAAUUUUAUUGCUAAACUUUUAUGCAUGCUGUUCAAAGUUAGAACAGCAAAAUAGUAUUUUUGUCGCGAUUAAAAUUUCUUUAGCAACAUUGGAUUUUAUAUUUGAUGUAUGGUUUAUUGCGACCUAUAUCGAUGCAAAAGCAGCAACAAGUGCAGGGUCUUUAGAUAAAACUAUAUUUACAACGCUUGGACUUUUCAUUGAUACGGAAUCCUUCAAAUUAAUAAAGGAUUGGAAUGCAAUUACAAGUAACGUUGAUCAACGUUCCUAUUGGAGCAAAUAUGUUUUUCAAGAUAUUCCUCAAUUAAUUAUUCAGUAUAAUGCUCUGAUAGUUAUAUCAAUAACUCUUAAUAGUCUGUUGAUUUUCCAUAGUACUGUGAUUAGAAAAAUUAUGACCCAGUUAUGA